GAGAAAUUGAUCGUGAACGGAAUAGAAAAUUUCCCGCGACGAGCUCAUCAUUUUCAGAGAAACCGAACGCGAGAAAUCGCCAAAGAGCCAAAGACUCUGUUUUCACUUGAUACUCUCGUUCCUACUCUUUCAACUUCCUCGAAAGUUUGACUACAAAUGGAUUUGGCGGAUGAAACCUUGAGGGAACAGUUCUCGGCUCUAGAGCGAGUUAUGGCUAUGUCAAGACGUUUUAAUAGGGAUAAUCUUCCAUCAAAAAUUGAAGAGGGUCUCUUUCUAGGCUCCUUAAAAGCUGCAAGAAACAAAGAGGAGCUGAAAAAAUUAAAUAUCACACACAUUCUGACCGUGGCUAAUUAUAUUAAACCUCUAUAUCCAAAUGAAUUUUUCUAUAAGGUCAUAAAUGUUCCAGAUAGCCAAGAUGCCGAUAUAAAGCAGUACUUUGAUGAGUGUUGCAAUUUUAUCGAUGAAGCGAAAAGAUCAGGAGGAGCUGUGUUGGUUCAUUGUAUUGUAGGAAAAUCUAGAAGUGUGACUGUUGUUGUUGCAUAUCUGAUGAAAAAACAUGGAAUGAGCUUGUCUGAAGCCCUGGAACAUGUAAAGAGCAAACGGCCAAUAGCAUCUCCUAAUUCUGGUUUCAUCUCACAACUUAUGGAGUUUGAAAAAUAUCUUCUUGCAAAUAAAGAGGAAAAGACAACUUAAAGUGCAUGGAAGGACACAGCAGUAAAGAAGUUUACCUGGGUAGGAUUUGAUUCCAGAAGGAGAUGAACUUUCCUUCUUAUUCUUCUUCCCUUUUUUUUUUUUUUUUGGCUUCAAAAUCAACUUUCCUUCUUGGCAAA